AAAUGCUCCAGGCAGAUUUCACUUUUGUAACAUUUUUUUUUCUCCCUAGGGUUUUCCCACACCCUCAAAAUUGAGGUCAUCAUACUGUACUGGUGCUUACUGAUGUACCUGAUCACCUUGUUGGGUAACCUAACUCUAAUCUGCAUCACUAUCCUAGAUUCUCACCUACACACACACACGUACUUCUUCCUGAGCAACCUCUCCCUUUUAGACAUCUAUUAUACUUCUUUUGGUCUUACUUUGUUGCUGACAAACUUUGUUUCAGGGUAAAACACCAUCUCUUUCUCAUGCUGCUCGACGUACUUUUCUCUGGCCAUGGGCCCCACUGAGUGUGUUCUCUUGUCCAUGAUGGCAUAUGACAGGUAGGUGACCAUCUGCAAACCCCUGAGAUACCCCGCCAUCAUGAACAAAAGCGUUUGUGUGCAGAUUGCAGCUGGCUCCUGGGUGACAGGCAGCCUUACAUCUUUGGUAGAAACAGUCUCUGUGCAACUAUCUCUCUAUGGAAAUAAUACCAUCAAUCAUUGCUGUGAAUUUCUGACUAUCCAGAAAAUAGUUUGUGUGGACACUUCCAUGGUGCAGUUAAUCAUACUGGUGAUAACUACACUUCUUGAUCCUAUGCCAGUGCUCUUAAUUUGUGUCUCUUAUGCAUUCAUCCUCUCCAAUAUCUUGAGAAUCAUCUCAGUGGAUGGUUGAGGCAAAGCCUAUUCAACAUGAGCAGCCCACCUAACUGUGGUGGUUUUGUUCUAUGGAACAGGUUUUUCCAGGUACCUGAAGCCCUCAUCUCUCGAUUCACAGGAAACAGAUAAGUUUAUAGCUUUGGUAGAUGCAGGAGUAGCUCCUAUAUUGAAUCCCAUCAUCUACAGUCUGAGAAACAAAGAGGUGAAAACAGCUAUGAAAAAAUUACUUAUUAGAAAUCCUUUUGUGCCAUCUUAA